AUGAAUCUUCUGCAAAUUUACUUCACUCAAGAUCAGAUUGAACAUAUCCUCAACAUAAAGACUUCAAUGCAGCAUGAAGAUACUAUCCAAUGGUCUCUCACAAGCAAUGACAUGUUCACAGUUAGCUCUACCUAUAAAGCUAUCAUUUGUUACUACAAUCAAAGCCUUAUUCACAAGGAAGAGGAAGCUAAAGUUUGGCUGGGGAUAUGGCACUUACAAAUCCCACACAAAUGUCAAUUAUUCAUCUGGAAAGUGUCAAAAGAUAUUCUCCAUGUCAACCAAAAACUCAGUAGAUAUGGCCAGAUGCAAGAUAAUAGCUGGAAAAAAUGUCAAGCUGAAAAUGAAACCACCACUCACAUGAUUGUUAAAUGCACCUUUUCCAGAAGAGUUUGGAGUGCUAUAUCUCCAGACAUUGCUCAAGAAAUAAACAAUUUUCAAGAUAUUCAACAUUGGAUAAAAUAUUGGGAAAGCAGAAGCUCUAGAAUCAACUUUGAAGCCAAAGGCAAUAUAAACCUAGUUGUUAUUACAAUGUGGUUUAUAUGGAAGUCAAGGUGUGCAUUAGUUUUUGAAAAUAUGAGAUGCUCCAUCAACAACAUGAAGACCAGAAUUCUUCAGUUCCGCAUUGAUAAUAAAAUUCAAACUAACAUAAAUUUGAAUCAUUUGCAGGUGUUAUGUCAUAGCAACAUAAGUACUAGAAGAACCACUUCUAACUCUAACUACUGGAACCCUCCUCAUAGAGGAAUGCUGAAAAUUAACAUUGAUGCAUCUGUCUUACCAAAUAAUCAUUUUGCUGGAAUUGCUCUAAUUAUCAGAGAUUUUACAGGUCAGUUGGUGGAAGCCUGGACCAUGGUACAAAGAAUUAGAGAUGUCUCUCAGGCUGAAGCAAUUGCAUCUCUUAAAGCUCUUCAAUGGAUCUCUCAAUUCCAACUUCAGAAUGUCAUUGUUGAAGGUGAUAACAAGAAGGUGAUGGAAAGUAUCAAUGGUCUGUACAACAUCUCUCCCUGGGAAGAUGGUAAUAUUGUUAAGAAAUGUCAGCAUUUAAUUUAG